UUUGAUCAUUUUAUUUUCUCUGAAUGUGCAGACAUUGAUGAAUGCAAGACAGGACAACAUUCAUGUGUAAGUGACCAUAAUUGUCACAAUACAAAUGGAUCCUACACAUGCUUCUGUCCUAAGGGGCAAUCUGGAAAUGGUACCAAGGAAGAUGGUUGCCACAAGAAAAAUUUCCUUCCACAUAUUGUCAUUGGUACAAGUGCAGGAUUCAUAGCUAUUUUCGUAGGGACUUGUUUGCUAUACUUAGCGCACCAAAAGAAAAAACUCAUCAAACUGAAGGAAAAGUUUUUUGAGCAAAACGGCGGUCAUAUUUUAGUACAACAAGGAGAAGAGUCAUCCCAUGUUAAAAUUUUCACUGCUGACAAAUUAAAGAAAGCCACUAACAACUAUGACGAGAAGUUAAUCAUUGGCAGGGGAGGUUAUGGCACGGUUUUCAAAGGAGUUCUAGAGAAUAACACAAUUGUUGCUAUCAAGAAGUCCAAAAUAGUUGAUCCUGGCCAAGUUAUGCAAUUCAUCAAUGAGGUGAUUGUUGUCUCUAAAAUUAACCACAGAAAUGUGGUGAAGCUUUUGGGUUGUUGUUUAGAAACAGAAGUUCCUCUGCUAGUCUAUGAGUUUGUAAGCAAUGGUACACUCUUUGAUUUCAUCCAUAAUGAAAAGAAGAGAAAUCAUUUUAACUGGAAAAAUCGUCUCAGAAUUGCAGCAGAGGCGGCUGGAGCUUUAUCAUAUCUUCACUCAUCUGCUUCCAUUCCAAUUGUCCACAGAGAUGUUAAAAGUGCUAAUAUUCUCUUAGACGAAGACUACACUGCUAAAGUCUCUGACUUUGGAACUUCUAGAUUUGUUCCAUUGGAUCAAACUGCACUAGCUACAAUGGUGCAAGGAACUUUUGGUUACUUGGAUCCAGAGUACAUGCAAACUAGCCAAUUAACUGAGAAAAGCGAUGUGUAUAGUUUUGGUGUUGUGCUGGCUGAGCUUCUUACAGGAAAGAAACCUCUUUUGUUGGGGAAGUCGAAAGAGAAAACAAAUAUUUCUAUCUACUUUCUAUCUUGCCUAGAAGAGAAUUGCUUGUUUGAAACUCUUCAAGAUGGAAUCUUGAAUGAAGAAAACAAGCAAGAGAUUGUGGAAGUUGCUAAUAUUACAGCAAAGUGUUUGAGACUUAAAGGAGAAGAAAGACCAAACAUGAAGGAAGUGGCAAUGGAAUUGGAGGGAAUAAGGAGAAUGUCAAAGCAUCAGUGGGUUAACAAUGGAGACAAAAAUUUUGAAGAGACGCAGCACUUACUUCCUAUAUCAUCAUCGUCGUCGAAAGGAUAUGAGUAUGGUGAUAGCAGUAGUAGUAGUCAUCAAAAUAUAAAUUAUGAUAGUAUCAUCAGGGAUCAAGAAGGGGCAAUUGCUUUAGCAGAUGGAAGGUGAUAAUGCUAGCUUACCACACACAUACUAAAGUGAUAUUCUGAUGGGUGAAGAUGACGGUGAAAAACCUUUAUGGUAUUUGUUUUGUCUGGUUGUGAUUGUGUUGGUGGUUG